AAAGUCCCAACAGGUUAUUCAUCAAAUGUGGCGAGUCUUUUGUCCGCUGACGAUUCGAAGCUUGUUGGCCUUAAAUCACAUGAUUGUCAUACUUUAAUGCAACAAUUGCUUCCAGUGGCCAUACGUGGUGUGUUGUCGAAACAAGUGCGGUAUGACAUUACUAGAUUGUGUUUCUUUUUCAAUGUCUUAUGCAACAAAGUUGUUGACGUUUCAAAGUUGGAAGACAUUCAAAAAGACAUCACAAUUACAUUGUGCCUACUUGAAAAACAUUUUCCUCCUUCAUUCUUUGACAUAAUGGUCCAUUUAACUAUUCAUCUUGUCCGUGAAGUGAAACUAUGUGGACCAGUGUGGUAUAGGUGGAUGUAUCCAUUUGAGAGGUUCAUGCGUGUGUUGAAAGGUUAUGUGAGAAAUCGCAAUUGCCCUGAAGGAUGUAUCGCCGAAUGCUACAUAGCUGAAGAAGCUUUAGAGUUUUGCUCAGAGUACUUACAUAAUGUACACACAGUAGGACUGCCUUCUACUCAUCGCCAAGUAAAUCUAACAAAGCCUCUUUCAGCUCCUCAGAUGAAAUCAGUUGAUCAGAAUGAAUGGGAACAAGCACAUCGGUAUAUGCUCACAAAUGAUGAUGUCGUUGCUCCAUUGAUUGAGGAAUAUUUUGGGGAGUUAAAAAUAAUGUAUCCAAGGAAGGUGAAGAAUGAAAAAUGGUUGCAAGAUGAGCACAAUCGAACAUUCAUUCCGUGGUUGCGGAAACGAGUUGCAAAUGCCAUCACUCACACAACACAACAAGUAUCUGAAAGGUUAAAGUGGUUGGCACGAGGACCUAACGUCAGAGUUUUGACAUAUGAUGCUUAUAUGAUAAAUGGGGUGACAUUUCAUACGAAGACACGUGAUAACAUACGAGCUGUACAAAACUCUGGAGUAAGUUUGGUAGCAAAGACAAUGCAAGUUGCAAGUGCAAAAGAUAGCAAUCCUAUUGUGUCAGACAUGACUUUUUAUGGGGUUAUAGAUGAAAUAUGGGAGCUCGAUUAUAAUAUUUUUCGAGAAGUAAUGUUCAAAUGUAGUUGGGUGGAAAACAAUAAUGGCAUUAGAGUUGAUGACUUUGGGUUUACAUUGGUAAAUCUCAAUAGAAUUGGAUUCAAAUCCGAUUCUUUUAUGCUGGGGAGUCAAGCAAAGCAAGUGUUUUAUGUCAAUUACACUCAAAAUUUUGGAUGGUCCGUAGUGCUCUCUGUUCCUAGUGUAGCAUACACUGAAGAAAUUGAGGAUGAUGAUGUCAGUGAUUUUGCUAUUCACCAUCAGCAUUUUAGUAAUGGACUGCCACCAAUAGAUGUUACAAAUGAAAUUGAUCCAUCAUAUGUUCGUGUAGAUUGUGAUGGGACUUGGGUUGACAAUACAAAAUCAUGAU